GCCCUCGGCGGGAAGGCAGGGGAAGCCUCCGUCGGGGGCGGCCUGGCUGUGAGCCCCAACCCUGGCGACAAGCCCAUGACACAGCGAGCCCUGACCGUGUUGAUGGUGGUGAGCGGCGCGGUGCUGGUGUACUUCGUGGUCAGGACGGUCAGGAUGAGAAGGAAAAACAGAAAGACGAGGAGGUAUGGUGUUUUGGACACUAACAUAGAAAAUAUGGAAUUGACACCUUUGGAACAAGAUGACGAGGAUGAUGAUAACACUUUGUUUGAUGCCAAUCAUCCUAGAAGCAGUGUUUAUGAUGCAGUUGAAGUGAUAGGAAAAGAAGCAGCUUUGACCAGCCUGCUGCAAACAUGGGCAGUUACAUCUGUGAGAACUACCAUCCAACAGCAAUUAUAAGACACCAUCAGUUGGAAGACACAGCCUAAGUUCAAAGAUGAUGAAG